CGUCCUUGGCAGUGAAUCCGCCGACCGCGGCACCCCGCGCGCGCCGGCCCCUCUCUGGUGGGAAGCACCCCCCACCACGCACCGCGGCGCGCAUAUAUAUGUCGACGGCGGCCGGCGCCGGACACUCGGUCACUCGGCGGAAGCCCCUCAGGACCGGCCGGCGCCUACCAUGACAGCCGCCCUCGUAACUCUCGUGCCGGCGUUGGCGCUGAUGGCCCUAGCGGCGGCGUCCCCCGGCUACCGCCACGUGCCGGGCAUCCCGGCGGGCCGGCGCGCCGAGUACUACUUGCAGAAGGCGGCCGGCGGCUACCUGUUCGGCUACGACACCGGCGACGCGGCGGCCCACAGCCACGCCGUAGAGGCGGACGCCGGCAAUGAGCUGCGCGGCCGCUACCAGUACACCGACGCCGCCUCCGGCCGCCGACUCGGCAUCUCCUACACUGCGGGCCGGCGCGGGUUCCGCCCCACCAGCGUAGACCUCGCCGCAGGCAGUGCAGUGUCGGGAUCGGCCGCAGUCGCCACGCCUCGGCUGGAUACGGCCGGCCCAGGCGACGCCGCCCACGUGGACGCCGACUACGACGCCAACGCGGAUGCCUCGUACAGCUUCUCCAUCGACACGGACUCGUACAAGCGCACCGAGGCGGCCGACCGGCGCGGCAACGUGCGCGGCCGCUACUCCUACUCCAGCCCCAGGGGCGGCAGCCACGGCCUCAGCUACGUCGCGGGGGAGGGCACCGGAUUCGUGGUGACGUCAGGACCGGCCAAGUCUGAUGAGGCCGAGAGCAGCAGCCCAGCAGCCCCCGGCGUCGUCGGCUCGUCGGCUGGAACCGGCGGCUACAGCUUCAGCUACAGCGCGGACGACCACAGCCGGCAAGAAGCGGCCGACGCCGCCAACAAGGUGCGCGGCAGCUACACGUUCCGCGCCAAGGGGGAAGCCGCCACGCGCAGGAUCGACUACGAGGCGGGAGCCGAGACGGGCUUCGUAGCCCGGGGCAACCACCUUCCCGUGGCGCCCACGCUGGCCACCAUAGCGGGCUACCCCGUCCCCCUUGUCGCCGCGGCGCCCGCCGUCCCAGUGGUCGCUUACUCGGCUCCAGUAGCGCCAGCCCCGUACGACGGGCCUCCGGCAGACGUCAAGAGCGCAGUCCAUCCCGACGGCUCCUACUCGUUCUCCUUCAGCACCGACGAGCAGAGCAGGCAGGAGACGGCCGACGCCGAGAACAACGUCCGCGGCAGCUAUUCCUUCAGGAGCAAGGAUGACGGCGUCACCAGGAAGGUGGAAUACAGCGCCGGCGCCGCCACAGGUUUCGUGGCGUCCGGCGAUCACCUGCCCGUAGCGCCGCCGCUGCCUUCCGCUGCGGCUCCCGCGGUCGUUUCCGCGUACUCUUCCACCGGAGCAGAGGCUGCCGACGUAGCUGAAGCGGAGGCGCCGGGUGACGCCUCGUACGAGUUCUCCUACGACGCCGGCACGCACUCGAGGCAGGAGUCCUCCGACGCGGCGGGCAACGUACGCGGUCGCUUCUCUUUCGUGGCUACCGACGGUGUCUCGCGGCACGUGGACUACGAAGCUGGUGCCGAGAAGGGUUUCAUCGCCAAGGGAGCGCACCUUCCGGUGCCGCCGUCUGUCGGCGACGCUGCGACGACGUACUGCGCCAGCUGCUCCCCGGCGGCACCUUCCGGCUACUCGUUCAGCUACUCUACUGACGACCAGAGCAGGGACGAGCAGGGUGACGCGGCCGGGAACGUCCGGGGAAGCUACUCGUUUACGGCCAAGGACGACGGAAAGGCCCGCCACGUAGACUACAGCGCUGGAGCCGCGACUGGGUUCCUGGCACGUGGGGCUCACCUACCGUCAGUCGCCAGCGUCUCACCUGCGUCGUCGCCAGGUAGCGAAGCGUACUCUGCGCACGGCGGUGGUGCCACCGCUUCUGACGGGUCGUACUCGUUCUCGUAUAGCACGGGUGACCACAGCAGGCAGGAGUCGGCAGACGCUGGCAACAAUGUCCGCGGGAGCUACUCCUUCGUGGCCAAGGACGACAGCAAGAGCCGGACAGUGGAAUACGAGGCCGGAGCGACGACGGGCUUCGUCGCGAGGGGUUCGCACCUCCCGGGAAGUGGAGCGGCAGCAGGCCCGCUGGCGUAUUCUGGAGCGGCCGAAGAGGCGGCAGCACCGGCGGCGGCGCCGUAUUCGUCGCAGAGCGGCGCCGGCGCAGGAGGCUACAGCUUCUCGUACAGCACUCCGGACCAGAGCAGGGAAGAGACGGGUGACGCCCACAACAACGUGAGGGGCAGGUUCUCGUUCGUGGCCAAGGACGACGGCCAGCGGCGCAGCGUCGAGUACGAGGCGGGCGCCGGGAAAGGCUUCGUCGCCAAAGGCGCGCACCUGCCGCAGCCUCUGGCGCCGGUGCCGGGGGCCGGUCUGCCAGUCGAAACCGCUCCGGAGGCGGCCGACGCCCGCGCGUCUGCUUCGGGAGGAGACGCCGCCGAGGCCGGGGGCGACGCCAGCUACUCGUACAGCUACGAGACGGACAGCAGCAGCAAGACGGAGAGCGCCGACGCCAGGGGCAACGUCCGCGGCAGUUACUCGUACAGGACGCCCGGCGGCGCGAAGCGGACCUUCCGGUACAAGUCGCACGGCGCCGAAGGCUUCGUCGUGACCGGCGUCGAAGACAGCGGCGCCGCCGACGUCACUGCUGCGGCGGCUACGGCGCACGCGCCGGCUGGGGCUGCCGCCACUGUGCAACCGCAGACGCCUGCCGCGGCGGCGCUGGCGCAGUCGCCCGUCUCCAGGAUAGUCGCCGGCGUCGGCUCGGGUCCGAGGUUGGUGGUGCGCAAGUACCUGCCGCCAGAGAACUCGCACAAGUUCGGCUACAUCAUAGACACGCAGAAGCGCCGGUGAAAAGUCAACACUCUCACAAAAUUAACGCACUAACUAACUCUGUUCUGCAAUUACGCAAGUUUUCAGGCUAUUGCGCUGUGAUCGAAUGAAAUUUCUUCAGGAACCAAAUGUUUCGUCUCGAUUUCGGUAGGACAUUCUUAAGGGUAAAUGCCGCGAUGUACUCCCGUACAGUGAAUCGAACCGAAAACCCGUUGCUAUCCCAUCCUCAGCUCCGCUGAAGAUGACCUGUGCGUAUAGGAAUGAAAUUUUGGUAUGUGCCAUGAAAAUCCGUUCGACCACUACAUAAUACCCCGGAAUACUAAAAUAAUUGUAACACUACAAUUUAUAACCCUAUUCUUUCAUUUAUUUCCACCUGAUCUUCUCAGGGACCAAUGUGAGAUCAAGUUUGUGUCAGUGGACGUUUGAUAACACUAAUAAACGAGAUAUAGUGACAUGAAGUGUUGUUCUCUUCUCUCUGUGUUUAUUUUCUUCUGGGUUCUGCAAAAAAUACUUAUCACUACGCUCAUAUCUAUUACGUAUGCGCUAGUUGUGUCGUAAUUACUGUGUAUAUUUGUCCAGGUGCUCUUUACUGUUUCUUCUCCUACACUUCCCUUUCUGUACAGCUCAGGCUCUCGAGAAAGAGACUGGAAAAGUAACUCGCUCACUUAAUCCUUUUGUUACUUUCUUGCCAGAUCUUUUUAUUUUCCCCUUAUAAAACCUACAUAUCUUUCUAAGAAAUAGACCUUUCAUUCUAAACUAUGUAAUGCUAAUAUUAACAAUGCGGUAUCUACGAAAUAUAGUGAAAUUAUCUUACGGUCCUUUCAUAGACUUUGUAGAUACUGUGUGGUCACAGGGCCUGAUGUAACAUAAUGCCUGUACAGCCUAUGGACGUUUAUCAGGUAAAGUGUUUUUAUUGAAGAAGAAUCAGUGUGCCGUGAAUUCUUGUGGUUAAUCUCUCGAGAUCACCAUUAUUUACCUACAGCAGCUAGGCUAUAGUAACACUGAGUUUGAAUGGUUUUACAUUGAAACUUAGGUGUUUGAAUUAGUGUUUUGUAGAUGUCCCUUUCGAAGGAGUUGCAUAGUCAUUUAUUUUAACAGAACCUUAGAUUAGAGAUUCCGUUCUUUGCACAGCAUUUAAGAUUUACGAGAUCCAUAACGUGUAACAGGAAGUUUUGAAGUGGUAAUGUGUGAGGGAUUGUAUGAAUCUUGUUUUUGUAUUGAGACUGAUUCUGUUGUAGUAUGACGACCUAGCAAUGUUUUUCGGACUACCGUAUGACUACGAGAACCACUUACUGACGACACUAGCAAAGUACACGGACUUGUGACGACAUUUAUGUCUUAACAAUGUGUUCAUGUAACAACAAAACGGCGCGUCGUAUCAAACACGAUUCGGUCGCCGAAAAAAAUAUAGAAGAAACAAAGAGUUAAGUUCAUUUAUAAAUAUCGCUGUGAAUUUUUGUUACAUUUUAUUAAAAAAAAACUUGGAGCAAAUGCACAAAAAUAUAAAAAAGUAGGAUGUUCCCUUCAUGUAAAGUAUCGAUUGUACAAGGCGUUACAUUAUCAUGAAAUAUGUUGUGUGUUAUGUACAAAUCUGUGAUAAUGCAGCAAUACUCAUUAGAUUAGGAAUAUUUCAUGGAGUUAUUUGUAACGCAAGUGUUCAAUAAAACAUUUACAUAAAACUGUA